AUCUCUGAUCCGUCUCCGAUUCCCUUUUCCAUGUCAUUUUCGCUUCCAGAACCCAAGUCGUCUCGCCCAGUUGCUCUCGCUUGUCUUCAGCUGCUUCAAUCUAGAUUUCUGCGAGCGCUCACUUUAUGUCUUUGCAUGGAGAGAUGUGUAUCGGUAUUUAUUAGGGUUUCAGUUCAUGAAGAUUUGGCCACAUCUGGUCUUUUGCUGCGCAGGGAAAGAAGGAAAUACAUUUUUCUCUUCCUAUAAUUAAGAGUCCAGAAAAGGUGAAACUUUGCGCUGCGGGGGGCUGUUUUGAGCAAAUUUUGUUACUUUACUGUCUGGUUGCUAAGAUUGUCGUGAUGGAGCAAGGUACAACUUCAAACUCAGUUCCCCAAGAUGAUCCGAUUGAUAAGUCAAAGAUCUUGGAUAUUAAGCCCAUGAGGAGCUUAAUUCCAGUCUUUCCAUCAGCAAACGGGAUGUCAUCUGCAGCCACUCCCCAACCCUCACCCUUCACAUGUGUUCCUCCAGUUGGUCCUUUCCCUCCUGGAGUUGCCCCUUUUUACCCAUUUCUGGCUCCCAAUGAUUCAAGCAGACGAACUGAACAGCCUCCAUCUGGUUACACUCAGCCUAUAUCCCCUGUUCCAUUAAACUCGUUCAGAACUCCAAUGUCAAAUGGAGAUUCUGGGAGACCAAGGAGGUCCAGUGGAAUUGUUGCAGAAGAUGAUGAGUAUAGUGACCAAAGUGAUCAGUAUGGCUAUGGCGUUCAUGAUAACAGCGUUGAAGACUCCAGCACUAAGAAGAGAAAGGGUAGACCGCGGAAAAAGACAAAGAUGCGGGGCCAUCAGGGGAAACCUCCGGUUGAGGUGGAUUACGAAACAAUUUUACAAAGCUUUCUUGAAUCGUUUAAACUAACCGAGGUAGAAUCAUCCAAAAAAGCCGACGGUGACAAGGACCUUGUAGGGCGCAUAUUGUUGGCUUAUGAUUUGUUCCGAAGAAAAAUGUCCCAAAUUCAAGAGAUGAGUGAUCCAUCUCCAGGAUCCGCCAGGCGCCCAGACCUGAAGGCUGGAACAAUGCUGAUGACAAAAGGGAUCCGUACGAAUCAGACAAAGAGGGUUGGUAAUGUGCCUGGGAUUGAAGUUGGUGAUAUCUUCUUCUUCAGGAUGGAGUUAUGUGUGGUUGGGUUACAUGCUCCUACCAUGGCUGGGAUAGAUUAUAUGAAUUACAAGCUGUCCGCUGAUGAUGAGCCCAUUUCUUUAAGCAUAGUAUCAUCUGGAGGGUAUGAUGAUGAAGGGGAUGAUGGGGAGGUGCUAAUUUAUUCCGGCCAAGGUGGAGUGCAGAGAAGGGAUGGACAGAUGUUUGAUCAGAAACUCGAAAGGGGAAAUCUUGCAUUGGAGAAGAGUCUUCACCGUGCCAAUGAGGUUAGAGUUAUUAGGGGCGUGAAGGAUCCGUGGACUACAGGGAAGAUUUAUCUCUAUGAUGGUUUAUACAAAAUUCAGGAGUCAUGGGCAGAGAGAAAUACCUCUGGAUGCAAUGUUUUUAAAUACAAAUUGGUUAGGAUACCCGGACAGCCCGAGGCUUAUGUCUUGUGGAAAUUAAUUCAGCAAUGGAAAGAUGGUAUUAGUACAAGGGCUGGGGUCAUCCUGCCGGACCUAACUUCGGGCGCUGAGAGUCAACCAGUUUCUCUGGUUAAUGAUGUUGAUAAUGAGAAGGGACCCGCUUAUUUCACUUACAUCUCAACUCUUAAAAACCCAAAAUCCUUUGAAACACCCAGUCCUUCUUUGAGCUGUCAUUGCAUUGGUGGCUGCCAGCCUGGCAAUUCUAACUGCCCUUGUAUCCAGAGGAACAGAGGCUAUCUGCCUUAUAGUGCACUUGGGGUUCUCAUGACCUACAAUAAUAUGAUUCUUGAGUGUUGUUCGUCUUGUCCAUGUCCUUCCAAUUGCCGAAACCGAAUGUCUCAAGCAGGUCUUAAGGUCCGGCUUGAAGUUUUCAAAACAAAGAACAGAGGUUGGGGACUUAGGUCAUGGGAUCCUAUCCGUGGAGGCUGUUUCAUCUGUGAAUAUGCAGGAGAAGUCAUUGAUGCCGAUGACAUUGGAAGCUAUAGGGAUGAUAACUAUAUAUUUGAUGCCUCGAGGCACUAUCCAACAUUGGAAGAUUUGCAUGCUGAGAACGGAAACUCUGCAAAGAUCCCAUUUCCUCUUGUCAUUAGCGCAAAAAAUAAUGGGAAUGUGGCUCGUUUCAUGAACCAUAGCUGUUCACCAAAUGUGUUUUGGCAACCAGUUGUCCGUGGGAGUAACAGUGAAGCUUAUUACCAUAUUGCCUUUUUUGCCACUAGGCAUAUACCUCCGAUGCAGGAGUUAACCUUUGAUUAUGGGAUGGUUUGGUCGGAUAAAGCAGUGCAAAUGAGGAAGAAGUGCUUGUGUGGGUCAUUAAACUGCAGAGGAUAUUUUUACUAGUUGUCAGCCAGGAAUAUGUAUUUUGACAUAUCUAAUAUGUAUCCUCUGCAUAAAGAUGUCGGGACAAAAUUUCAGGAAUGCCCUGAUCGCCCGGCUUCGGAUUGUUGUAUCAGUAGUGUAGUUGCAGUAGCUCCUCCCUGUUUGGUGGUAGGUUCCCCCACAACCAUGGUGUAGUGUACUAUUAAUAAUAAUAUACGAAGUACUAUUUAUGGUGUAGCAGAGUUCUCUUUGCUUUGGAUUUUCAGUUCUUCUUAUGAUUUUCGGCUAGGCUCUGUUUUAUUGUUCUGAUGAUUCUGUGGUUUGUUAAUUAUCCAACUUAAACAGUGAUUUUCCCCGACAUAUGAAUUGCUAUUUCUAAGGU